AUGGUGCCAAUCUGCUUCGCUCUUGCGACUACGCUGACGGUACUGAUGACGUCAAACAGAGGACUUCACGCUCAGAUGAUCACGGAUGCUGAACGUUUGUUCAGCAACUUAAUGCUGGAUUACAACAAAAUGUUCCGGCCUGUGUUAAACCAGUCGAAACCAGUUGUUGUAUAUACUGGGUUAGAGCUCAUCUCGAUUCAAGAUUUUAAUGAAGUCGCCGAGAAAAUAUCGUUUACGGGCAUUUUUAGCUUUGCAUGGUACGAUGAGCGACUUUUUUGGGACCCCAAGGAUUAUGGUGGUAUUGAAAGCCUCAAUAUUGACGUCAACAUGAUUUGGACUCCGCAACUGAUGCUGGCUAACAGUGUCAAGAAAAUAGACCGUAUCUCUCAGGAUUGGCAUACAGAUAUCGUGAGUUCCAGUGUGGGAACACAAGUGGACAAUUACAUAUUGGUGUUCGAGAUUGAGGUUGAGAGAAAGCCGCGAUUUGUGAUAGUAAAUGUGAUACUUCCACUGAUAUUCAUGUCUGUUUUGAAUAUCCUGGUCUUUUUGAUACCCACUGAGCGCGGAGAGCGCAUCUCUUACUGUCUGACGGUGCUGCUAUCAAUUGCUGUCUUCUUAACACUGGUGGGAGACAACCUCCCGAAGAACUCGAGCCCGAUGUCGGUGUUCAGUUACUAUCUGUUGUCGGUGCUCGUCAUCAGCGUCGCCAUCACGCUCGCCGUCAUAUGCAGUCAGCACUUGUACCACAGAAGGGACAAGCAGCCGGGGGCCGUGUGGAGAGCAAUUGCCAGGUGUCUUAGCUGCGGUUGUGCUCGGCGGACAGCGCCAGGCAAUUCAUACACGAUUAAUCGGAGCGCUGAUGACACGUUUGAGAGGACAGAACCGGCAAAGUACUGUGGUUCCCACAAUUAUUAUGUAAUGCCGUACCCGACAUGCACUCGUAAAGUAAUGAUGGACCGACCAAUAUAUAUUUACGGGGGUUUGUCUUCAGAUGGUCCGGAGAACACAAAACGCCCGAGGGCAGAAAAGCGCGACGAUGAAACGAGUAGCGCAUUCGUGGAAAUUACGUGGGUAGAUGUUAGCGUUGCCUUGGAUAAAGUAUUCUUCGUGUUUUUCGUUCUUAUUUUACUAACUGACACGCUCUGCUUUAUGUUUACGAUUUACCACAAUGUAACCCUAUGAAAGUGUAACAGUAAACACAUUUUAUUGAAUGUUUCCAAACAAUGACACAUAAAUUUGAAAGUAAGUAUGUAAUUAAAUAUGACAUGUAAAAUAUAAUUUUAAAUUAUAGUGCUCAAUCUAGCAAAUUUACAUUAACAUUGAUAUGUUUCAUGUUGACACCAUCUUGUUGUUUUAUAUUUUAAAAUUUAGUUUAGCACAUGUAUAGUAAUUGUUACGCAACAGUAGGUCCAAUGCUAGCGAUUAGCUAUGGUGCACCUCAAUGGUGGUUUGCUGUUAUUUUCGUCGGAAUACUAUUUUUACUAUUACUAUUUUUAGUAAAUUUAUAAAUGAAACAAUGUUGAUUUAUGUAUUAAUUUGAAUCAAUUGGAAACAUUCCUUUCCAUAGAUUUUUAUACUUGACUAUGAUAAUAGUUUCUACAGUGUUCAUAUGAGGUGUAUCGUUGUAUCAUGUGUUUCAUUUUGAUCUGUAACAAAGUCUCGCAAGGGCUUGCAUACAAAAUAAACGUUUAGCGAAA